ACGUGGAAGGCUAGGCACGACGAAGCAACUCUGAAUCAACACGAAUUGCGAUGCGAUGUGCACUUCCAAUGCAAGACGAACGCCUCGCCGAUCCAAAUUUCUCGUAGCCAACGAACGACACAGGCUCACUUCACUGCUCCGCGCAUAAACGGUAGUAACUUCAGCGAGAAAAAAAUUUGCUCGUAUUGAUUUUUCGGUAUAGGGAAAACGCAGACGAGAAUUUUCCACAUUUGUGCAGUAAAACUGUGCCGACUAGGCCAGGUAUUGUGGUGUAAUUCAAAAAGCGUUUUUCGUUAUUUUUGGUGCAGUGAACCUAAAAAUAAUUUUUAAUUGUUCACUUCAACUGGCGGCAGUUAAAUUGCAAUAUUGCAUAAAAAAUGGGCAAGGAGAAAACUCAUAUUAAUAUCGUAGUCAUCGGUCAUGUCGAUUCCGGCAAAUCCACCACGACUGGUCAUUUAAUUUAUAAAUGCGGUGGCAUCGAUAAGCGUACCAUUGAGAAAUUCGAGAAAGAAGCUCAAGAAAUGGGCAAAGGCUCAUUUAAAUAUGCUUGGGUUUUGGAUAAAUUGAAGGCUGAGCGAGAGCGUGGUAUUACCAUUGACAUAGCUCUGUGGAAAUUCGAAACCCAAAAGUACUACGUAACCAUUAUUGAUGCGCCCGGUCAUCGUGAUUUUAUUAAAAACAUGAUUACCGGCACCUCACAAGCCGAUUGCGCUGUAUUAAUUGUUGCUGCUGGUACCGGCGAAUUCGAGGCAGGCAUCUCGAAAAAUGGUCAAACACGCGAACAUGCUUUGCUCGCUUUUACUUUGGGUGUGAAGCAAUUAAUUGUGGGUGUUAAUAAAAUGGACUCAACUGAGCCAGCAUAUAGUGAAGCACGUUAUGAAGAAAUUAAAAAGGAAGUUUCAUCUUAUAUCAAAAAAAUCGGCUAUAAUCCAGCAUCGGUAGCUUUUGUACCAAUAUCUGGUUGGCAUGGUGAUAACAUGCUUGAACCAUCCGAAAAGAUGCCUUGGUUUAAGGGUUGGACUGUUGAACGAAAGGAGGGCAAAGUGGAGGGUAAAUGCUUAAUCGAUGCAUUGGAUGCAAUUAUGCCACCUCAACGACCCACUGACAAACCACUGCGCUUGCCAUUACAGGAUGUAUACAAGAUUGGUGGUAUUGGUACUGUACCAGUUGGACGUGUAGAGACCGGCAUUUUAAAACCAGGUAUGGUGGUCAAUUUUGCACCUGUUAACUUGGUAACUGAAGUUAAGUCAGUUGAAAUGCAUCAUGAAGCGCUAUCGGAAGCCUUGCCUGGCGAUAACGUCGGUUUCAACGUAAAGAACGUUUCUGUGAAAGAGUUACGUCGUGGUUAUGUGGCUGGUGACUCCAAGAAUUGUCCACCAAAAGGAGCUGCAGACUUUACUGCGCAGGUUAUUGUACUCAAUCAUCCUGGACAAAUCGCUAAUGGCUAUACUCCAGUUUUGGAUUGCCAUACUGCUCAUAUUGCUUGUAAAUUUGCUGAAAUUAAGGAGAAAUGUGAUCGACGUACUGGCAAGACAACCGAAACUGAUCCUAAGGCAAUUAAAUCUGGUGAUGCUGCUAUUAUUAUGUUAGUACCAACUAAACCAUUAUGCGUUGAAAGUUUCCAAGAAUUUCCACCGCUUGGACGUUUCGCUGUGCGUGAUAUGAGGCAAACUGUUGCUGUGGGUGUUAUAAAAUCUGUAACAUUUAAAGAGACGACUUCGGGUAAAGUCACAAAAGCCGCUGAGAAGGCCCAAAAGAAGAAAUAACUAGAGUGCCAUCAGAUUAAGAACUCAUAUGAACAAAUGCAAAAUCUAAUGACACCAAUGAUGUUAUUUCCAUCAAAAACAGCAACAAUAGAUGUAACAGAAGAGUUAUACAAAACACAAAGACAAACAAUUAUUAAUCAUAAACUUAAAAAAAUACUAAAAUUUAUUUAUACCAAUAAUACGCAUAGCAAUUAUGUUAGUAAUAUAAUUUUCAAUGUGAACAAAUACAACAAUCUCUACAACUCCUAUUCCUGUAAUCGUAGUUCAUCAUACAAAAGCGUUAUCAUUACCUUAAAGUAUGCUUUUAUGCAAGAUCGUAAAUCAUAUAAGAUCAUCCUACAUGAAUCAUUAAUAAUGGAAACAUUGGAACAAUUAUCAUUCCUCAAGCAACAAAUUGAAAAUCAAGCAAAACAUACAACAUCAUUGCUUUUAAAACAACUACCAGUCGUAAAAUUAUCACCCUCUAUAACCAACAUUUAUCACAGAAUAGCCUAUUUUCAAUUCAUUUCUGUCACCAUUAUGGUAUUAUUUUUUUUUACCUAUUAUGCGAUUCUUGUACUCAAUCUAUAUAGACAUCGUAAAUCAUUUCGCAGGAAAUCCAUAACUGCUGCACCAGUUAUCAUUAAUGCAUUUUAACAAUAUCAUUCAACUAAAAGUAAUUUUAAUAUCACUCGGAGAACAUUAAGAUUUUUACUCAUAGAUUUAAAUUCUGAUGCGAUCUCUCAUCAGCUCAAAUCCUUUUAACAUACAUUUAACAUAUAUUUAAAAAAUUUUUUUUUAUUUAAUUUUUUUUUUGAAUUAAAAAAUAAUUCAUAUUCUGUUAAUAAUUAAUAACGUUAUAACGUUCCUCAGUUGAACAUCAACAUCAACAUCACAACUAUCAUCUCUAGUUUCUAUUUUUUUUAUAUAUGAAACCAAUAUUAUAUUCCCAAAAUAAAUACGUACAUCCAGACUCUCUCGGUAGAAAUAAUGAGACAAUUUUAAUCAAACAUAAUAGAGCAUCAUUUGAUUAUUAUUAUUACACAUCAUCAAUUCAAUAUUAAAACCAUUUAAAUAUUUAAAUAUUUAAAAAGUUAAAAAUAAAAUUAAAUGUCUACUUACAUUUCUUAUCCGGUUUGUAAGGAAGAAAUGGCAUCUUUUAAUGUUGGCACCAAUUUGUAGCUUAAUCAUCAUAAAUGUAAAAGUUGCUUGAACUAAACAAAAUUAAAUAUUAAUGAAAUAAUUAAACAUAAAUUUUAAAUGUAUGAUUGAAAUUAUGAUGUUAUAAAUGAGAAUAAAGAAGGCUUAACCAAACUA